AUGGCGUCCAACAACGAAGAUCCAUUUCAAUUUCGGGAAUUUGAUGAAGCUGGCAUUCUCUUGGAAGCCAACAAAGAUGCAGUCACUAUAAGCAUUGAGGAUGAAGAUCUAAUGUCCAAGAGGCAACGAAAUGCUGGUUUAACGCCAGAUGUUGACGAGGAAGAGUCCCUCAACACUGAUGACAAGUCGUCGCUUCUAUCUGGACAAAGGAAAAAUGUCCCUUUUUGGACAUUUGAGUACUAUCAACAAUAUUUUGACAUCGAGACCUAUCACGUAAAAGAGAGGAUCAUAGGAUCAAUGCUGCCAUGGCCCAGAAAAAAUUUCAUUCAGGUUUACCUUCGUAAAAAUCCUGAUCUCUAUGGACCGUUCUGGAUUUGCACCACUCUUGUCUUUGCGAUUGCCAUCAGUGGGAACAUAUCCAAUUUUCUUCUCCAUUUUGGCAAACCAAACUAUAAAUAUACCCCCGAGUUUCGAAAAGUUACCAUAGCUGCUACCGCCAUCUUCAGCUAUGCAUGGUUGGUGCCUCUUGCCCUUUGGGGUUUUCUGCUCUGGAGAAGCAAUAAGAUCCUGAACUUGGUGUCAUACUCAUUUAUGGAGAUUGUCUGUGUGUACGGAUAUUCUCUGUCAAUCUACAUACCUGCAGUGGUCUUGUGGAUUCUCCCAUAUGAGUGGGUGACAUGGUGCUCCAUCGUGAUGGCGCUGUGCCUUUCUGGCUCUGUCCUGGUGAUGACUUUUUGGCCUGCUGUCAGGGACGACCAUCCCAAAGUCAUUGCGGCAGUCCUGUCAUCCAUUGUGCUGCUGAACAUCCUUCUGGCCGUCGGCUGUAAGGCCUAUUUCUUUAGUAGCCCGCAACGAGACUCUCCCGCACCUGUGACGGUCAAACCAACGUCAUCGACAUGA